CGGGGAGAGGCAGUCCGCGCACCUCCUACCCGGCUCAGCCCCGCGCGCCCCGCCAUGGCGGAGGUGGGGGGGGUCUUCGCCUCCUUGGACUGGGAUCUGCACGGUUUUUCCUCGUCUCUGGGGAACGUGCCCUUAGCUGACUCCCCGGGUUUCCUGAACGAGCGCCUGGGCCAGAUCGAGGGAAAGCUGCAGCGAGGCUCGCCCACGGACUUCGCCCACCUGAAGGGGAUCCUGCGGCGCCGCCAGCUGUACUGCCGCACCGGCUUCCACCUGGAGAUCUUCCCCAACGGCACGGUGCACGGCACCCGUCACGACCACAGCCGCUUCGGCAUCCUGGAGUUUAUCAGCCUGGCCGUGGGGCUGAUCAGCAUCCGUGGAGUGGACUCUGGCCUAUACUUAGGAAUGAACGAACGAGGAGAGCUCUAUGGGUCGAAGAAACUCACGCGUGAAUGUGUCUUCCGGGAACAGUUUGAAGAAAACUGGUAUAACACCUAUGCUUCCACCUUGUAUAAACACUCGGACUCGGAGAGACAGUAUUACGUGGCCCUGAAUAAAGACGGCUCACCCCGGGAGGGAUACAGGACUAAACGACACCAGAAAUUCACUCACUUUUUACCCAGGCCAGUAGAUCCUUCUAAGUUACCCUCCAUGUCCAGAGACCUCUUCCGCUAUAGGUAACGGACCCUAGUGUGACCUCUGUAAUCCGUGUACUCUGGGGCCACAGUUGUGUCUGCAAGCACUAUAUUCAUAGCUUUUCAGUCCUGUUUCCUAUCAAUUUAGAUAGCAGAGAAGUACUUGCUGUUCAACUCGACCCAGCUGUUCCCUUGUUGUUCAAAGUGUAUAUCAAGGUUGGGUUAUUUUGGGGAGGGAUAUGGGGGGAGGGGCAGGCUAGAGGGAAUCUUGUAUAUACUCUUUUUCUUUACUCAUGUUCUUUCCCCUGAGGUGGCAAGAGAAAGAAUGGGAGCCCCUGCCAGGGGCCAGGGGUAUCCUGCCCCACAAUCUACCCCGAUACCUUGACAAGAGGUAAAUGAAAGACUAAACUAUCUGCCACAGACGCUACCUACAGAGCUUUGGAAAACUCUCAUUCAGAAAAUCCUCAGGGCUACAGCCCUGCUGCAAGCCCUGCCUGCAUGGGCUCUGCAGGUUUCUCAUCUGUCCUGACAUGCAGUUUUCCUGCCAUUGGAAGUGGGAGAUGGGGUAGGUUGCAAGAAAAUGCUAUUAAAAUGUCAGCAUGGAUACUGUGCAUAAGGACAAACUAUUUAUGAAAUGUAUAUGCUAUUUAUUUUAUAUAUUUAUUUAUUUCAGAAUAAUUUUAUUUUUAAUGAGAGAUGCUAUGACUGGAUUUUCAUCAGAAAGAAUAAGGUCCUACUGAAAUGGGAUAAAUGAGUUAUUAAAGGCUUUUAUUGGCA